CGGCUUUGCUGCCUUAAAAGGCUUGUACUGGAACAAUGACACAAAAGCAAAAAUCUGGAGGCCAGCAGGCUCCCAUUCCAUAUUGCAUCUGAGAGGGCAUCAGAUUCCGAAUUUUUAAAGGACUUACAACUGAACAAAGUUUCUACGGGCAACUUAGUGAUGCUGGACUAAUCCAACUAAGCAGAAAGUUUUUCCAGCCAUUCACCAAUCAAUGAGUGUCCACUUUGUUCCUAAUUCUUUGUAACCAUGAAGAGUGCUGACAUGAGAACCUGCGACUUCCUCAUUUUACAGAAGAGGAAAUGGAGGCCCAGAGAAGUUAAGAGAUUUCCUGAAGGUACUCCAUAAAAGUAUUCAGCAAUUAAUUAAGGUGCUAUCCAAGAUUCAAAAUCAUUCCUAGAUAAUUUUGGAAGCAACAUAGAGGGCACAUGUGUGCAGACAGAACAGAAAGAGGAGAGGAAGAAAAGGAAGAUUUUGGUUUACUUUUAAGAGGCAAUUUUUUUCCUAAACCAAGGAGGAAAUCUUUCAACUGUAAGAGGACUCAUGACUGACCAGAAAGAAAUGAUCAUAAAAAAGAGGAGGCUUAAACAAAUAUUUGUUCAAACUAUGGUGAGAAGAAAGUUCCUGAAGGAUAAAAAAUGAACCAGCUGGAUGCAACAAAGUCAGGAUUUUUAGUGUGCAUUGGUAUUUGCAUUUUUAUCUUCAUUUUUCUUUAUGUGAGGAAUACAACUCCAGAUGAACCAAAAGAAGAACCAACCUACCCAGAAUCAACAGAGUGUGGCUUUUAUCCAGAUGAAAUAUGUUCAGCUCUUUUUGAGGGGAAAGGGGCUGCCCCUCAAAUCGGACAACUCUGUCAGCAAAACACUCAACAGACUGAAAUAACCCCUUGCCUAGGGACACCAGGCAGUUGUAACUGCUCUCUGAUUUUUCAGAGGCUACAUUUCAUUACAAGACCCCUGUCUGCAGAAGAGGGGAAUUUCUCCUUGGCAUAUAUUAUAACCAUUCAUAAGGAGUUAGCGAUGUUUGUGAAGCUUCUCAGAGCUAUUUAUGUCCCUCAGAAUGUUUACUGCAUACACAUUGAUGAAAAAUCACCCCAGAAUUAUAAAACUGCAGUGAAAAACUUGGUUGACUGUUUUGAAAACAUCUUUAUUUCAUCAAAGAGAGAGACUGUGAUUUAUGGUGGAUUUUCAAGACUACAGGCAGAUAUUAAUUGUAUGAAAGACCUAGCGAGCUCCACAUUUCAGUGGAAGUAUGUAAUAAACCUUUGUGGACAGGAUUAUCCAAUCAAGACAAACAAAGAAAUCAUACAAUACAUCAAAAGCAAAUGGAAUGGUAAAAAUAUGACCCCAGGAGUAAUUCAGCCUGCGCACAUGAAAUACAGAACACACCAAAGUUACAAAGAAUAUGUUCAUCAAGGAAAUGCUUAUGUUUAUCCAACUAAAAAAGAAAAAAAAGAUCCCCCACAUAACUUAACAAUAUAUUUUGGAAGUGCUUAUUAUGUACUCACUAGGCAGUUUGUUGAAUUUGCACUGACAGAUAUCAGGGCAAAAGACUUGCUUGAGUGGUCAAAAGAUACAUACAGUCCCGAUGAACAUUACUGGGUUACACUGAAUAGAUUAAGAGAUGCUCCAGGUUCUACACCAAAUGCUGACUGGGAAGGUCAUAUUCGAGCUAUUAAAUGGAAAGAUAUGGAAGGAAUUGUUCAUAAUGGUUGCAAAGGACAUUAUGUUCGAAAUAUCUGUGUGUAUGGAUUGGGAGAUUUGCAAUGGAUUAUUGAAUCCCCUCAUUUAUUUGCUAACAAAUUUGAGCUUGCAACAUAUCCACUUGUGAUGGAAUGCUUAGAGAGAAGAUAUAGACUUAAAGUACUAAAUCAGGCAGAGAUCCCUUCAGAAUCACAUUGGCAUUUACAAGAGACUUCCUAUUUUAAUAUGAAAAUAAAUAUUUGAUCAGCAAGUAAUGUAUACUGUCAAGAAUAAAGAAACUAUCAAGCUUUCUAGUUCA